AUACUUGAAGCCGAUACUGAAACUGAUAUCGAGGCCGCUUCUCGCCGGGUCUCUGUGAAUUGUGCUACGAGUUCCGCGUUAAAAAAAAAAAAAAGAAGAAGAAGAAAGGAUAGUACGCCGUAUUUUGCGUGCGCUGCCCGAGCGAUCGGGAGAGGAGACGACACAACGAGUAAACGUUUGUAGAAGCAAAAAAAAGCCGCAGAUGAUGUUCGACGGGGUGGGGCUUUGCUCUCCAGGCCGAGAAUAUAUAAAUCGCAGGUAGGGCUGAAAUUCAAGUUAGUUCGGAUACGAGCUGAGGCUAUCGGCAAUCUACGGAAACGAGAGAUGCGGGGUUUAUCGUCUUUUGUAAUUUUCUUCGCGGUGAUAGUUGGAACGGCAGUAUCGAAACCAUUAUGGUCGACUUUAGUCAGCACUAAUUAUCUGUAUUCCACGCCCGAAAUUGGACAGCAGCAAUAUCUUGCCGCAUAUCAAGAUACGCAUUCUCCCUAUUACGUUUACAAUAUGUAUUCAAACGCGGGAGGUAUAUCGAACACUCUUCAUGUUAGCAGCAAACCAGAGAUUUCUCACUUUCCUGCUUAUAGUUUCUAUUAUGAAACACCAAUUUAUGAUAUCCGGAUUCCAUUAAAUCCUGUUUAUCCGGUGCUGACACCAUUUCAUCCAGGAAUACCUCCGGCAUUUCCGCCAACAUCGACAGAACAAUCUUCCAACGAAGACGAUUAUGACGGCAUCGAAAAGUUAGAUACGAAAGUCGAUCCGGAUACAGAGACAAAAAACCCAGAAAAUACAGAUAACGAUUCCAUAACUGUGGAAGCAAUAUGAUAUAAUUCUCCUUGUACAACAUAGCGUAUAUGUAAACGUGAAAAGUUAUAAUAAGUACUAUCGUUUAAUACGAUAAAUGUUCGCUUUUUUAAUGUUACUUUUAUAUUUAUGUUAUGUUGCGCUACAU